AUGGAAGAGGAAAACAAGACUGCAAUAACUGAGUUCAUCCUCAUUGGCUAUUCAGGUCGACCAAAGACAAGGAUAGGAAUGAUUCUCUUAUUGAUCACUGUGUAUUCUGUAACACUGGUGGGAAAUGGUCUUAUCAUCUUGGUGACCACGACUGAUCCGCGGCUCCAGAACCCCAUGUACUUUUUCCUCAGCAACCUCUCCUUCCUUGACAUUUGCUAUUCAACAUCUUCGAUACCACAAUCCAUUGCAAACCUUUUGGUGGACAAGCCCACCAUGUCCUUUACAAUGUGUUAUUUCCAAAUGAGCACUGGUGUCUACUUAGCAGUGACUGAGUGUUUCCUCUUGGCCAUCAUGGCUUAUGACCGGUAUAUAGCAAUUUCGAGUCCACUGCAUUACACGCUAAUCAUGAGCAAGAUGUUUUGCAUCCUGUUAGCAGCUGGGACAUGGACAAGUGGUAUCUUUUUAGGCAUAGUCCCUAUGUAUGCCUUGCCAGCUCGCUUUUGUGGGAAUAAUGUGAUUGACCAUUUAACAUGUGAACUUAAAGCAGUUAUGAAGCUUGUUUGCUCAGAUACCUCUGUGAGCCAACUGGUUACGUUCUUCACUGCUGGUCUCACAUUACUUGGCCCCUUUGCCUUUAUCCUUUUCUCAUAUUUGCGCAUAAUUGUGGCAAUUCUAAGGAUCCAUUUGGCGGGUGGCAGGCUCAAGGCUUUCUCCACUUGUGCCUCUCACUUGACUGUGGUAACCAUUUACUAUGGCACCUUCAUGUUCUCAUAUCUCAAACCACAAUCGAAAAGCACCCAGGAGGCGGACAAGAUUAUUUCAGCCUUUUAUGGAGUAGUGACUCCCAUGUUAAACCCCCUCAUCUACACACUCAGAAAUCAGGAGGUUAUUGGGGCAUUGACAAGACUUGUGGAAAAGAAAGGAAAAUGA